UCGACUUUCGACUUUAAAAUUUGUUUUUAUUGGUGAUUAUCGGCAGCGGAAUUGAGUUUUGUGUUAUUAUUUACGCAUUAAAUAUUUUAAUUUAAUAAUUUGAUUGCCAACUAUAAUAAAGUAAUAGGGAUAAUUCUUUAUAGGAUAACAAUAAGUAAAACAUCUCGCAUCAAGUACUACAGUUAUGGGUCAGACCCUUUCAGAACCUGUAACAGACAAGCAGUCUUCAACAUGCCAGGAUUCACGGUUCCUGGUUGGUUCUUCUUGUAUGCAAGGAUGGCGUGUAUCAAUGGAUGAUUCACACACACAUAUUCUUUCACUGCCUGAUGAUCCUGGAACAGCUUUUUUUGCUGUCUAUGAUGGACAUGGAGGUGCUAAUGUAGCAGAAUAUGCUGGGAAACAUCUUCACAAAUUUGUAACAGCUCGGCCGGAGUAUCAUUUGGGGAACAUUGAAGAGGCAAUGAAACAGGCUUUCCUAGACCUGGAUCAGGCGAUGUUGGAAGAAAAUAUGCAAGAAAAAGCAGCCGGGAGUACUGCAGUUGUCGUUUUGAUUAAGGAUAAUACUAUUUAUUGCGCUAAUGUUGGAGAUUCGAGGGCUGUCGCGAGUGUGGCAGGAGCGGUGGAACCAUUAUCGUUCGACCACAAACCGACUAACAAGGAAGAACUGGAGAGGAUAACGGCUGGGGGCGGUUGGGUUCAACUUAAUAGGGUCAAUGGAAAUCUGGCGCUGUCCCGGGCUCUGGGAGAUUACUUCUUUAAGAGGAAUUACAGAAUGUCACCACGUGAACAAAUUGUUACUGCGUACCCAGAUGUGCAAGUGCGGCAGUUAAAUGAAGACUGGGAGUUUAUAGUGAUCGCCUGUGAUGGGAUAUGGGAGGUUCUUUCCAAUGAGGAGGUGAUAUCAUUCUGUCGAAUCCGACUUCUGAGUGGGUGGGAGCCGCCGGCAGUUUGCGAAGCCCUAAUGCAGCGAUGUCUGGCACCCAACUGUCUCACUGGGGGCUUGGGUUGUGACAACAUGACUGUCUUGAUCAUCUGCUUAUCACCAUUUCCGGCACCACAUAUGAUGAAAGCUAUACCAGCUGAUCAACUCUUGAACGACAAAUUUGAGACCAACGCGGAUGAUCUCUUGUAUGCUGAAGAUGAAGAAGACCUGAAGUAAAAAGGGUUAUUAAUCGGAAAAAUCAGAAAAAAUGACAUAGUCAUAAAAAAAAAAUAUCUUUAUCACACCUUUAUGGAAUGAGGGAGACGGAAUAUUUAAUAGAGUUUUAAUUUGCACUUAGGAAUUUAAGCGAAUUAGCUUUGUACUCGCACAACGAUAGAAAGAGAUGUGUAUAGCACUAUCUCUGUCGCACAUGUUCAUAAAAAAUGCGAAUUAUGUUUAAUAUGUACUGUAUUCCUAGUCUGUGAAUUUUUAAUAUGACGCAAAUUGUUUGUCGUUUGUGUAUUAUGAUGGCAGUUUGUGUGUACACUCUGGAACUGCCCAUUGAAGUAUUUCCGAACCAAUUUGACUUUGGAUCAACAAACGAAAAACAAUUCUUAAAAUGCCGGCAACGCAUUCGAGAUCUCUCUAGCAUCGAGAGUGUUUAUCGGCGGUGUCACUUAGCAUCAGGUGAGCUUCCUGCCCGUUUGCCCCUGGUCUAUAAACGUGAUCGCGAGUACGUUGCCGGCCUAUUAAAAAUAAUUAUGUGUACAAUAAAUACUGCGUUCGUAUUCAAGCAUUUGCGAGCGAAGUAAUCGUCCAUCUGUGGUAUCACUUAAUUUGCCCUCAGUCCUAUAAUUUUUUUUUAAAUAAAUCUAAAGCCCAUUUAUUGGCCUAUUGGUCUAGAAAAAAAUGUAUGUUUGGCAAUAUGCUUAACAUAAAAAUGGAUAAUUAGAAAACUAAAAUGAAAAUAUACUUUUAAUUUAAUUUUGUUCAUUUCAUUGUACAUCUUAUAUGUUGAUUGAGCACUAUGUUGUUGUUUAAAUUAUAAUUUACUAGAAUUAAAAAUUUAACGUUAAUAGUUAAGUCAGGGAAAGGAUCACAGCUUAGUGGGUGAGUACUCGAAAUUACCUCAGAUGUCUAGUUAACGAUAUUUUCAUGUCAAUUGGUAAUAGCGCGGUGUAAAAUUGUAGUUUUUCAAUUAUUUUCCCUACUUCGUUUAAGGAUAUUUAAAUACAAUAUUAAACAUAUAUAAGAGAAAAUACUCAAAAAUAGCUGUGCCAAAAUUUUCGUUUCUAUACAUUAUACUGUAGCAUUUUAUAUUAACAAAUUAAUUUAUUGUAAACUAUAUAUUUUAUUUAAUAUAUGUUGAUGGAUCGCUCCCGUAUUUUUGAAGUCUACAAUCAAAUAUUUGUGCAUUUUCUUAAAUAUGUUUUUGUUUAAUACAAUUAAAAAAAAAUAGUUUUGUUUGAUAGUCAGUUUCACAUUCAGAGUCGAUAUGUAAGCAGAUUUACUCCCCCCCUUUUGUCAGCAAAAUAAAUAAUUAUUGUUGACGUAAUCACGAAUCUUAUAUAUAAAAUUCUCGUGUCGCGGUGGUUAAACUCCUCCGA